AUGAGGAGUAAGGGAUACAGAAGAGGAACCAGGUCUCUUUUUUCACAAGACCACAGAAAGCAUGGUGUUCCACAUGUGUCGAAAUAUCUCGAGAAGUACGAGAUAGGAGAUAUGGUGGAUAUCUUAGUCAAUCCGGCUAUAAUGAAGGGGAUGCCUCACAAGUACUAUCAUGGAAGGACAGGGCGUGUUUAUGAUGUGAAGCCUAGGUCUGUCAACAUUGCUCUUUACAAGAGAGUUCGUGGAAAGUAUGUUAUUAAGAAGGUGAUUGCACGUAUUGAGCAUGUGAGGAAGAGCAGGUGCUGCGAGGAGAGUCAGAAUAGGAUUCUUAAAGCUUCUGAGCUGGCAAAGAGUGCUGAGGCUAGAGGAAUGGUGCUUCCUCCGAUCAAAAGGAAGAUUGAGGGUCCAAGGAAGGGUAUGGAGAUAUCUCUUAAGAACAAUCAGCCCAUUGAGGUUGGCUACGAGCCUCAUAUAGUGAUCUUCUAA